AUGCACUUGUAACAGUAGGUCAUACGCUCUCUGCGUAGCGCCGCACGCUCAAAUCCUGCUCCUCCACGAGUCACGCGACCACGCACGCACGCUCACUCGCGCUCUCUCACCGGUGCUCAGCGGCUCUCACUGCCCUUCCUGCUGUCCCUGCUUCUAAGGAUACUUAUUUAACAUUCCUGCAACAAAUUGGGAUCAUGGCCUCAGUAAUGCAGAAGCUGAUCACUCCUCUGGCCAGCGGCCCCGCUGAGCCCCCCAGGAACAAAGUCACAAUUGUUGGCGUGGGGCAGGUGGGCAUGGCAUGUGCCGUCAGCAUCCUGCUCCGGGAGCUUGCAGAUGAACUGGCUCUGGUGGAUGUUGUGGAGGAUAGACUGAAGGGGGAGAUGCUGGAUCUGCAACAUGGCAGCCUUUUUCUCAAGACCCCUAAGAUUGUGGCUGAUAAGGACUACUCUGUGACUGCUAACUCUCGUAUCGUGGUGGUGACGGCCGGAGUGCGUCAACAGGAGGGUGAGAGCAGAUUGAACUUAGUGCAGAGGAACGUCAACAUUUUCAAAGACAUCAUCCCUCAGAUUGUCAAAUACAGUCCUGACUGCACCCUCAUUGUGGUGUCCAAUCCAGUGGAUGUUUUGACCUAUGUGACCUGGAAGCUGAGCGGCCUGCCAAAGCACCGUGUCAUCGGCAGCGGGACAAACCUGGACUCCGCUCGUUUCCGCUACAUCAUGGCUGAGAAACUGGGCAUCCACUCCAGCAGCUUCAACGGCUACAUCCUGGGAGAGCACGGAGACUCCAGCGUGCCUGUAUGGAGUGGAGCAAAUGUGGCUGGAGUGAGCCUGCAGAAACUCAACCCUGACAUCGGCACAGAUAAAGACAGCGAGAACUGGAAGGAAGCUCACAAGAUGGUUGUGGACAGUGCCUACGAAGUGAUCAAGCUGAAGGGAUACACUAACUGGGCCAUCGGCCUCAGUGUAGCCGACCUGACCGAGACCCUGGUGAAGAACCUGAACAGGGUCCACCCUGUCUCCACCAUGGUGAAGGGCAUGUAUGGUAUUGGUGAGGAGGUGUACCUGAGCCUGCCCUGUGUGCUGAACAGCAGUGGAGUGGGCAGCGUCAUCAACAUGACCCUGAAUGACGAAGAAAUCGCUCAGCUGAAGAAGAGCGCCGACACUCUGUGGGGCAUCCAGAAAGACCUGAAGGACCUGUAGAUCAAUCGCUGGAAACCAUGCACUCCUUUCCUUAACUCUGUUCACACUCCCUCUGUAUCUUUACACACUCUCUAUGUCAGUUCUUUCUUCUCACUUGCUUUUGGACAUGGUUGCUUUGAAGUAUUUUUUCAUGGUGGUUAAUGUAGGCAUAAUAAUCCAAAAUGUGGAAUGUUUCUUCUUCUAAAGAGAAUGAUCAAAGGGAAAGAUCUUUGAUUCUUCACAUUUGCACUUGUUAAUCAAGUCAUUCUGUGUGGGCAAUGAAGAAAGAACCAACACCUCUCUUGUCUGGACAUAAUUUAGUGAGAUCAUUAGGGAAGGGAUCAUUCUUGUGGCUUUCUGUUUAACUCAAGAGGAGAAGGGACUGAAGUGAAAUAGAUACAAAUGUAUUCAUUCUUCUGAAUCAUGUUGUAAGUGUCGAUUAUAUGAGUGUGUAUAAGAAGUUAAUAAAAUGAAUCUGUUCAAA